UGAAGAGCGCACGCGCGGGGAAGUUCCUUCCUUUCGCCUCGUUGCGCUCCUGAGAGCAAGAUGGGCCACCAGCAGCUCUACUGGAGCCACCCGCGGAAAUUCGGCCAGGGUUCUCGCUCUUGCCGCGUCUGCUCAAACCGGCACGGUCUGAUCCGGAAAUACGGCCUGAAUAUGUGCCGCCAGUGUUUCCGCCAGUACGCGAAGGACAUAGGCUUCAUUAAGUUGGAUUGAGUGAUCUUCUUGAAUGGAUUAUCCAAGCCAUCUACACAGUGGAAGCAUGCUAGCUCCUUGUACAUAAAAUAAAAAAUUCUUUAAAAAAUA